CAAACAGUGCUUUGCUCCUGAGUGCUGGUGGCAGUAAUUCUCCUGUUGUUCAUAUGAGAAGCUCAGGAGCCAACUGGCAGGGAGCUGGGAGCAGUUUGCUUACUGAAAGGUGCAGAAUAUCUGCAGACCGACCCGAGUGCCAAAAUCUGCUCCAUGUGGAGAAAGUGUGUGCUAUGGAGAGAGCUGUCAGAGCAGUGUCCAUAGAGCAGGGCUGCCAGGUGUCUCAAAGAGACACAGCCUGUGACCUUGUGCCUCAGCAUCAUCCCAGCCACAUUGGUUUGGAUUCUGAAAUCUGUGCUCGUCUCCUCGUGGAUUUGUUUCUGUGCAGGAGAUUGUCUUGCCAAGCAGCACACCAGAGAUUGUUCUUUGUUCCCCUGUAAUUGCAAUAGUCUCAUGAUCCUCCCAGGCCCUCUCUUCAUAAUAAUUGUUGAGUCCUUCCAAAUUGACUUCGUUUCUUUUGUUGCUGUCUGUCUUUGUCUGAAACACAUUUGAGCCUGACAACAUGACUUAAACAUUGUUAAAGCCGAGUGCGUUUCCAAGCUCUCAAAGUGUGAUGUGCAAACCUAGGAAAGCAGUAAGCUGAAGGUUGCAUGGAGGUCAGCCUGCUUGUGCACAUUUAAUCUUUGACAGAAACAUUCGACUCAGAGCAGCUUCUUGUGUGCUUUGCAAAUCAGUGCAGUGAUGGAAGCAUUUAUUGGAUCAAAAAGGAAAUAUUCUUGUUAUCUUCUUCCUGUGCUUGGUCCAAAUGGGGGGAGGUCGUGGUUGGACUUCUAGGGGUCGGAGCCUCACAUGGAGCUGGGAUGGCUCUUGGCACAUCCAUGUCUUUCAGUGCCAGCCUUUGCUUUCCCAGUGCUUGCUUUGCAAGUGUGGAACUCAGGGUAUUCCUCGCAUGCUGUGUGCUGGGUUGGGUUACAGCACUCAUACCCACUUUUCUUUGCUCUUCCACUGAAAUCUGAAUCUUUCGUGCAGUGUAUCAUCCUUAAAAUUGUUCUGAGAUUUCAGCCAUCUCGCCUUGAGACCGAAGGAGAUUUAAAUGUUUACAAAGUAAAACUAGUAGGGCUGUGCUAUUUUGUGCAGUCCUCCAGCGCUGCUGCCUUGGUCACUUGUCCCCAGUUUAUUUUACAUUGAAGUCGCUGACAUUUCUGUGCUGCAAACUGCCCCUCGGGUUGCAGGAGUCGCAGAGCAGCUGCUGGGACACCAUUCUAGCACCAAGCAGCCAAUGCAGUUUGUAUUCAUGAAUUUAUCAGUAAUAACUUGCUGUUGUGGACUGACGAGUGCAGCCAUCGUUGCUGUGAAUUUGAAUGUGGUAAAAUGUCCCAUUGCAGACCCUCAGAUCCCCCUGAGUUUGUGAGCAGCUUUUUUCUCCAGUGUUUGUGUGUUGGCUGCUAAGCAGACAGAUUGCAUAGGAGCCGAGCAAGGCCCUGCUUCAAUUCCCUCUUCCAAACUGUGCAGCAGUGAGGUUCAAUAAAGGCAAGGUAGGUGCAGUCUUUGAGGAAGGAGCAAAGGUAAGUUGCUGUAAUUCUCAGAAGUGGAUGAAUUAUUUUGGCUGAGAUUUGCAAACCCAGCAUGGGAAAGCAGCCCAGACUCUGGCUGAGUGGCAGGCAACUGAGAGCAGCCUCCUAAUAGGAUGUGUCAGGAAACCUUCAUUUGUUUUGCUACCAGCCCUGCCUUUCUCCUGCUGAUACAGACUGCUUGAAUAGGUUGUGGAAAGUUGGAAGAGCAGACAAAGUUUUAUUGUGGAAUAAAUGUUCAAGGGCAGAAGGGCUUUGGCUGGAAAAAGCCUCUGGGGAAGCAGUUCUAGGAGGGUUUUUUUGCAUGGUUCCACUGGGAGGAAUGUGUAAAGGGAAGAGCCUUUGUUGGGAUUGGGCAGACCUGAGCUCAGAGCAGAGAGAAGGAGGGAGCUUGGCCUCCAUCUGGGCUCUGCUUCUCCAAGUGAGAAGUUGUGAGAGUGCAGGGAGAGCUGAGCAGGGGGGGCUGCAGCGGGGUCCCUGGUGGCUGCACUGCUGACUGUGAGCCAGAGGCUGAGGGGCAGCAGGGAGAGCAGCAUCACGGGGGGGUCAGCGUGUGCCAGCAGUGGGGGUGGGCACACAUCCAUGUUCUUGUGUGAUUUUGGAGGGGGUUUCCAUAUCCCUGGCUCUUUCUGUCUUUGCCUUACACCCGAUGUCUGCCAGUGCUGUUAGCUAGCAGGAGAAACUGGGUCCAGUCUGGAAGAAAGCUGUUUCCAAAUGAGGCACUGGAUAUAACAGAUAUAAGAAGGACGAUGUUUGCAAUAGUUCAGAGCAUUUGUCUACUUGUAGUUCUCUUCAGAGGCGUUGCAAGUGAGUCUCACCAUGUGGGACGUGGUUUCUCAGGGGAAAGCUUUAAAUCCAGCCGAGUGUCGUGUUGGUGACAUCCCAGCAUUCCAGGCACUAAAAGUGCCAAGGGAAACAUCUGUUUCCAUGGACUUCCCUUAGGACGGUCUGUAUGGCACAGCAUAAAACUCAGACACGUAAAUGGCGUCAGCUUUGAUGCAGGGAUGGCACUGGAGCAGCAGUUGUCCUUAUGGCCGCAGUAAGGUGCUAAAUGAGCCCCAUUCUCAGCUCUUUGAUUAUGAAACAUGACUAUUCUAUGUUCCAACGCCGCCCAAGCCCACUCUGCUUUGUGACUAAUUCCUUCUCUGCCUAAUGGUGUGACUGACCUGAAAUCAGCAGGUGAGGGCUGAUAGAAACAACAGCUCUUGUAGAAGGGCUGCGUUUCUGAGCUUGUUGCUGUGAGUUCCAAGGGAAGAGCAAUGAACUGCAGAGUUCGUUAUGCAAACUGAGCGUCCUGAUGUUGGAGCUGUUCCACAAUGAAGCUCGGGAGCCCUUAUUUGGGGAUGUCACGGGGAUUUCUCUCCUGCAGUUCUGCUCUUCGUGGCAUUUUAUUUCCCAUAAAGACUUCCAGUUCAGCUUUUCUAUCUGUGCUGUUUAUCAAAUCCUUCUUUUAAAAUAGUUAAACGACCCAAAGGUCAGAAGCAGUUUCAGCUGCUGUUGCUCCUUGCCUGUUACAGCCAGACUGCAUCUACCAGAGCCCUCAAGUCCUACCUUCCUCCAUGGACCCCAGCCUCUCUUGCUUCCUUUUCCCAGUCUGGCAGCACAAAGCACAGCACCCUGCGGGCUGUUGUCUUUUCAAGCUAAGAAAGGAUCCGAGUCCUCUGCCUUCAGGACUCAGAUUGCCUAAUAUGGUAAGGUAUGUCUUCACAGCCUGCUCUGUUUUGCUGAGAUCCGAGGGAAAAUUGACUCAUAAAAGGGAACAAAAUAGGUGAAUUUCUUGCCAGCUGAUAAGAAGGGGAGAUCUUUCAACCUGGACAGCGUGAUGUGAUGCUGCUCACCGUGCUCCUCACUGCUGCCAGCCCAGGGUCCCUGUGGGGCAGUGAGGAUGCAGUGUUUCUGCUCUUGAAUGUUUACUUCUAACACAGAUGUGGUGUGAUGGGGGAGCAGAGCCACCUGGCCCACAUCCCAGGUAACAGAGGUGUAGCUGUGCAUCACUUGUGUGGCUGUGGCUAAAUUAUAGAGGACUUAAUUAUGUGUAAAGGGAGACUAUGAGAGAUUGGCUCUGUUCAGUCCUGUUUAUAAACAAAGUGCUGUAAUAGGUUGUUAUGCUGCAGUGAGACGGGAUCUUGAACAUGUGCACAGCUAGCAAUAUAAAGUUGGAUCUAAAAUAGCAGAAAAUUGCUGCAAGAGCAUGAGUUAGUGUUUUGGCAUAGAGCUGAAAUGUGGUGAAGAACAUUUUUAUUGCAUUUGGAGUACCCUGGCUUCCUUGGGAGCUGGAAGGGGAAGGCAGUGUAGACAUUAAGAUUCAUUCUGUGUGCUUCUAUAGCAUUUUUUUCACAUCUGCACAGAUGAUUCUCCUCUGUUGGUUCUUCUUAACAUCAGUGUUUGGAGAGGAGUAUCAGACUUGCUGUCUGCCAUCCCUGGUGAUACAGCAUUUAAAUCGUCAGCAUGGCUGCCCAGUCCCUAUUUACGGCUCUGGGAAAACACAUUGUUUGUGCUUAAAGGCCAAGCAGUCCAAGUCUGCUAUGCAGACUACAGGGUUACAGCUAAAUGCGUUCUGGUUAAUUCCUGUAAUUCACCAAGCUGCUGAAUUAGGAAGGUGUAACGUGAAGCAGUGUCCACGAUGGAGGUGGGUAACACAAAACCAGCUGAUGGGCAGCCUGUGAGUCCGGGGAGAUGAAGCAAAGCAGCGAGUCCUCCAGGAAGGAUUCACAAGGUCACGGAGCUGUGACUAUUCGCAGUAACUUUAUGCUGUAGCUUCUUGUUUGGUGACUUACUCUCACAAUUUCAGUAUGGUUCAGGGUGACAAAUCUUUCACAGUUGUCAGCAGGUGAUUGCUCCCAAAGCUGUGGAGCUGAGGUUAGCAGUGGAUCGGAUGCCCAGCAGAUCCCUUGGCUUUUGCUGGCAGUGCUGGGAGCUCUGUGCUGGCAGUUCCAGUCGUCCCAUUUCAGCCCAGGGUUCCUUUGCUCACACAGGAGCCGACUCGCAUGCUUCCAGGGAUCCUUCCUUCCCAGAAGGAGCUGGGAGCAGUGUGAUGGUGCCACAUGGGCUGGCAGGGGGAUCACUGCCAUAUGUGUGCAUCCCUCCUGCGCCGGGUGACGUGGCUCAGGUGCUGCAGAAGCCAGCGCUGGCUGAGGCUGGGCAAACCUAACGACUGUUUUUAGGCUGAUUGUGUUUAUGAUUUUUGAUUUUAAGAACUAACAACACCUGUUUAUGCUUAUACAUAUCCGUGACACGCUGAAAAUUGUGGAAGGGAGCGAGAUUUCCAACUUCUGAAGUUCCCAUAGCAGCCCUCCAUCCUCUGGAGCUGCUGGUUGUACCUCGCUGUCCGUCACCCUGCAGCAAACAUCUUUCCUGACAUCCUCCAGGAAAAUCCAGCCUGUGGGAUGGAUGCUGGUGCCUCAGGUGGGCAGGGUUGUGUGCCUUGGGGUGAGCUUUGUGGGCAACGAGAGAUGGCUUCGGGGGAUGCAAUGCAAUGCAGUGCACUCCGUGCUUCCUGCCCAGUGCUUCUCCAUGCUCUGCUGGCAAUGCUUUCCUUGAGGCAGUGUCCCUGUAGGUGGGUAAUGCUUGUGGCUUGUGAGAUGCUGAAGGAGUAAAUGGUUCCUCUCCCAGAUAUGUCCAGAAGGACUGAAAAGCAGAAGCUGCGUUGCCAGAUGGCUGGAAAGGAAUGAAGAAUAAGCUGCGUUUGUUUGGAAAACUGAACUCAGAUUCUCUGGCAAUAAAAUAUCCUUUGGAAAACAGCACUGUAGGAAAAAUCGCGUGUUCCAGUGACUCAAGGGUGGUGAUGCUGUUUGUCACCCUUGUCUUUAAAAGGUCACUUUUUGUUCCUAGUUUAUACCCUCCCACAUGCUUUUCUUCAGAAAGAAGCCUCUCGUUUGGGAAGUCACCAUUUGCUUUUGGUCCUGGACGUGCAGUUUCACUACUAGGAGUAACUCUGUUUGGCAGGAGCCUUCAUUGCUUGGUGUGUCAGGAUGUAGAAUCCUUAAGCUGUAAAACUCCUUCCUGGCAGGGAUUGGCCCCCAGCUUUGGUUUUUCACACCUCAGUAUGUUUGCUUUGCUCGCUCUGGUUGGCACCUCACACACAGGCAAUGCUGAGCACUGUUUUUUUAAUGGGCUUUUCUUUCAUUACUCCUAGAUUGCAUCCUUGGGAGGGAACGUAACCUUCUGCACCGCAAUCCAUUGCUGCUGUUGAAGGAAGGCCAGAAAUAGCUUGAAACGUAGUUAGAUAGCAAUGUGUUGAAGCUGCAUGUUUGUUGGGUAUUGCAUUGGGAGAGCUGGCUGCUGCGUGGCACAAAGGCCCUGUGGGCAUGGGGGGGGGGGCAGGUGGGACAUGCACACACUGUUGAACCUCCGUGUUGCUGAUCCAUCCGAUGUGACUCUGAGCGCUCGGUUUUACUUCUCCAUGUCGUGUCUUGGAAGGUCUCGUAGCUGGAAAUGCUGUGUUUACAUCUGGUUCUUAUAUUCCUGCUGGCUUCCUUCGUUUCUCUGACACUGUCAGUAUUUGUGAGUUUCUGCUGCGUUCCUCCUUGCAGCUCACCGUGUGUUUGCUUCUGCCGUGCUGGAAGGAGGUAAUGUCACAAAGCACUCACAGAGUGCAACUGCUGAACAACUUGAGCUGGAACAUGUCCUGCUCUGACACUGCUUUGCCCUUCAUGGGAUGAAGUCACUUGUUUUUGGCAUCGGCAGUGCUCUGAGAUGGACCUGGGAGUGGAUGAGGAGCUCAUCCCUCCAGUGCUCAUCACUCUGCUUUUCUGAGCAAAACGUGGCCCUGAUGCUGGAGUGGAGCCUGACUGGAAAAGGACGCCGUCAGCUUCUGCAGGAGCAUGGAGCAGAUGCUCUGUGCACAGCAGCCCUGCCCCAGCAUGUGGGGUUAUGGCAUAGAAGUCAGGAGUGCUGGGGCUGCCCCUGCACCUUCCAGUUGCAUUUACAGCCUUGAGGGGAAUCCCAUCUGCUUGGUGUUCCUGGUUAUUGAUACCAUUGCCUUCCAGCUCUGUAACCUCUCACUGACAUCCCUUCUGGAGGUGAUGAAGUCAACGCAGUGAAAUCCUUCUUCCUUUUCCGCAGACUUUUCUUUAAGCUCAGUCCUCAUGGUGCAGUUGGGGACGUCCCAUUCCAGUCACUCUGUGCCCCUUCUUGUCCCAUUCCAAACAUCUCAGUUCAGACCCACAGAACUGCCUGAAUGCUCAUCUCCUGUGUGCAAUAUUUGAUGCCUGUAGGUGCUAAAAUGAGGUUUCUGUGCUCACAAUGGUGCUUCUUUUAACGCUUUAACUACUGCUUUUUAUUUUCUAUAUUUGUGAGAAGGCAAGAGGAUUCUCAAGUUUUAAAUAUAAAAUGUGCCAUUUUCAGCCCACACUAAAAUUAUCUUCUGCUGCAGCUUAAUGCUAAUCCAGGUAAGCCUAAUGGGUACAGCUUCCAGCAUUUUUAUGGUAAAUUUAGUGAUGGGAAUAGAAAGCAGAGUCACAUACGGUGCUGAGUGUACCGUUAUAGAAUGGCAGCGGCGUUUGGGAGGGCAGGAAGAUCCUCUCCUUCUGCUUCGUAUCCGUGAGACAUAGUGCCAGGUCUGCUCCUGGGAAUCCUGCUCAGUGCACUGCAGAGGAGAGCUGCUCACUCCCACAGUUUGUAUUCCAUUUAUGGCAAAGUGCUGCAGUGCCUUUUCAUCACGUUUACAACAGAGCUUAUUGCCUGACCAAUAGUUUCUUUGCUACAGCCCUUCAGCCUUCUGCUGCCGAACAGAACCAUUGCUGGCUUUUCCAGUCCUAAAUAAACCCUGUGAAGCUGUAACUGAGCCUGUUAAAGCUUGCACGUAAUUCUACAGUGAUUUAUUUACAGUGUUUUAAAGAGUUUUUUGUAUAGCAGGUAUUUUUCCGUCAACUUUUCAUCAUCCCUGAUAACAGCAGGUUGGUGUUACAGCGUGUGCAGCUCUGACCCUGUGCUGUCCCACAUAACAGCACUGCUCUGCAUUUGCAGUGUCUGCAGCCUGGAUUGCAGCUCGUGGGGAGCCCAGAGCUGGCCGUGCAAGAAACAAGGCUUGUGUUGCAGCCUUGAAGACAGGCUUUUCAUCACAUCUCCUGGGCUGGUUACCAGCACUGCUAAUUUCAGACCGGCUCACCGAGCACUGAAACAAACAGCUUCUCUGCUGGCAGAAUCUCAUUGCACAACGGGCGAGGGAUGCAGAGAAUCGAGAAGUGAGGGCAGCAGUGCCAGCAGGAUUCGGGCUGCUCCGUGCAGGUUAACUCCAUCCCCACAUCCCAUCAGUGCUUCUGACCGUGAGAUCCACACAGCAGGGCAGCACAGCAGUGCCCUCGUACCGAGCUGUGAUGGUUGCUGCUGUUGCAACCUUCCAUCUGCAGCACCCCAGGUGUUCAAGCAGCGCCCUGAGCUGUCAGAGCAACGCUGGGCUGGGCCACAGGCGCUGCAUCACAAACAGCAGCUCUCACACCCAAGCAUGUGGGUGUAGCAGAAGGCAGAUGCAAGGCGUGUGAGAUUCUUCCAGGGAAGAAAGUAAUUGUUUGAUGCUUUGUGUGUGGGAAGACUUUAGGAUGGCCUGAGGUGGACGGCAUGAAAGAAUGCAUUGAGAUUUUGGCCAUAGUGUAAACGUUGCUUGGAUUCUUGUUUGGAGGGGGAGGUGCCCUGCACUAUGGAUCUUAGCUUUGCAUGCCAACUCAGUAACAGAAAAGCAAUUGGAAAUUCAGUCCAGCAUCUGUUCUGUCUAGCUUACAUCAAUAGUUCAAUACUUAAUGGGUAUUUUGUGUUUAAACUGAGUUUUUCUGUUUUGGGGUGGGUUUUUUUGUUUGUUUGUUUUCAUAGAAUCAUAGCAUGGUUUGAGUUGAAAGGAUCACAGGAUGGGUUGGGUUGGAAGGGACCUCAAGGACCAUUGGGUUCCAGCCCCCUGCCAUGGACAGGGUUUGGUUGUUUUGUUUUUUUACAGGCUAUCUAGAGCCCUAACAAUUCUCUUAUGGCGUUUAAGAGGACAGGACAGUGGAGUUCACUCUGUUUCUUUGGAGAGGUGUCACAAGAAUGAAUGUGGCUUCAGAAUGAUGAAGUAUUACAUGAAAUAUGCAGUCUGGAUUUCAGCAUUUCCCUGGGCUGGAGCAGCACCAAACGUGCAGCUCGCUGUCCUGCAGGUGCAAAAUCCAGAAGUGGAGGCUGUGAAGUUCUGGGAUUGAGCAGCAAAUAACAAAAAGUCCAGGGGUCCAGCGGUGCCUGCGCUGUUUGCACCAGGAAUGGAGUCGUGCCCAGAAGUGCUGCUCCAGGACAGACUGAUGGUGGAGCCUUCCCUCCUGCUCAGCACGAUGUGUGCUGGUGCACAGGGCUGCUGCUGCCUGCGGUUGGUGUUGCAGAUGGACUCGAGGUGACCCGGCCUGGUGUGCGGUGUGGGGAGCAUCCUGGUGUUGUGGCCCCAGCGCUGUCUUCAGCUCAGCCCCUCUGUCAGCUCUGUAAAUGCUCUCAUUUGGGGAAGCAAAUGUGCUCCUCAAUGCUCUCUGCCUGGGGGAGAGAGGGAGGUUUGGCUGCAAAUGAAAGAGAAGUCAGCUGGAUGAGAAGUAAUUCAGCAGCAGUCAGGAAAGCGUGGUAAACCUGAGGUGGAAAAUGACGGCCAGGACUUUCAGGAGAUUGGCUUGGGAUGAUUUGCUCCAAAAAUGCCAUCCGCUCUCCCUCAUCCUUCAAGUUUUAUUAGAAUUGUGCUCUCCCAGGAGGGCUCCUGCGUUCCUGCAGGGCUCACUGUGGGCUCACAGCACUCUGCAGCUCUGGCUGCAAAUCUGCCUUUGUUUCCCAUUCUGCCGCCCUUUAUGAAGGCGCUCUGCUGCUUAAAUCUACUUCGUCAGCCCAGCGUUGCAUAGGUGAAGACUUCCAACGCAGGUAAAGGGGUUGUUUGAAUUCAUCCUCUGUCUGAUACAUCAUCUUGUAUGAUGGUCUUCCUUUCCAGUUACAGCAAUAGGGUCUGUUUGGGGAGGAACACAGCUGGCCUUUCCAAAGGAAAAGUAUCUGAAAAGUGAUCUGAGCACCACUGCCCCAAGACAGAAGGUAUUCGUGCUGCAGUGCUCACGGAGGAGGAGGAAUUUGAGAUAAUGUUGCCUGUAAAUAGAGUUCAGGCUGAAGCGACUGCCUGGGCAGCAGGUCAUGGCUUUGUGGGCUUUGUGAUGUGAUGUGGCAGCGCUCAGGAAAGGUGGCUGGGGGCUUUGGGGGUGGGGUUGGAUGCGUUGUGUCUCUGUUUGGUGGCUGUACAGAUAUUCUCUGACAAAAUAAGCAGCACCACAUCGAUGGUGCAGGACGGGCUGGCGUUGCAUACUGAGGAAUAUCCUUAGCAGACAGCAGCAGUCACAGCUAAACCACGACCUUGAAUGUUACAAGCACUGGGAUGUGAGGACGAGAGAGCUGCAAAGGAAGGUCGGGUUUCAUACUUACACAGGGGAGAACUUGAAAGUGAGCUGUAUGAGGCAGCAUGAAGUGUCAGCUAGGCACCUUUGUUGAGGUGAGGAUGGAGCCCGGCGUGUUUUGCCAUAUUGCAUCUCGUUUGCUGUCUCUCUCCUGCCUAAUAAGGAUGCUAUUCCUCGUGCUACCCCAUCUCUGUAAAGUGAGUUAUUGUCCACCAGGAUGCGUUUUGUCAAUCUGUGAGGCAUCUGCACUGGAUGACUAAUUAACUUUUAAUUAGUAGGGAAUAGAAAGCUCAGGUUUUGCUUUGCUUUGAGGCUCAGGCUGUGAGUUCUGUGCUCAGCACUGCUGCCCCUCCCCGCAGAAACACAGCAGUGGGUCCUGGAGGACCGGAGGGAUGCACAAAGCUGUGGUGUGGGGCUGUUCAGCUCCGCCUCAUGACUAAGCUGGGCUUUGUCAGCCUUGUAAUUGGGACUGAGGUUGCCACACGAGUUAGCCCAGUUUCAGUUACUGAUGUUUUGAAACCUCAGAAACAGAGCCUGGUGUGAAGGAAUUGCAGGAUCAUGGAAUGGUUUGGGUUGGAAGGGAUCGUAGAAAUCACCUCGUUGCCACUUUCAAGCUUGCCCAGCUCCUCUUGGAUGGCAUCUCCUUCCUUCUGUUGUGUCAGCUGUGCUGUUCAGCUCGGUGUCUUCUGCAGACAUGCUGAGGAUGCACUCGGUCCCACGGUGUGUCAUCAGGAACGUUGAGGAGCACUGCUCCCAGGACCAGGAGCCAUGGUUCUCCAUUUUCAGCCACUGUUGGCUUCAUCUGACAGCCGCAGCUCUGGGAUGUGGAGGGCAGCAGCAUGGCAGCCUGUCAGCAGCUCAGGGCCCUGGGAUGGAUUCCAUCCAGCCCUGUGCACGUUCAGCCCCAUCAGCUGCUCUCCAAUCCACUCUUCUUACAGUGGGGGGAUUUUUCUCCCCAACUCCUGCCCAGAGCUUCAAGGAUGUGAGAUAUGGAGAGCCUGACUGCCACUGAGCGCUGAGGCAGAGAAUGGAGUCCCUCAGCUUUCUCCAUGGCUGUUGUUGCUAGGAAGGCCAACCCGUGUGUGCAGGUCCUACAGAUGUGCCUUCAGUGUCUGAAUUGUUGUGCUGUCACUGCUCUGUGCUGCAGGGAGGGCUGGGUGCCGGGUGAUGAGCGUGACAGAUGUGGGCUGCGAAGAUCAAGGUCCUGCAUGGCCUCCUUGAGCAGCAGGGCGCCUGUCACUGCUUCUCGUGUGUCUGGGCUUCAUCUCCAUACCUUUAGCAGGGAAUGCAGAAAUAUUUCCAGGCAGAUUUAGACCUCUCCAAAGUUUUUUUCCUUCCUGCAGUCAGUAGAGGAAGAAUCUCCUUCCUUGUGGUGAAGCAUCGAGUGGAAACCUGACCUCAAAGUGACUUUGCCAGAGAAGGGGAAUCCAGCAGGCGCAUUCCCCACUCUGUGGUCAUCAGUGAUGCUGUGUUGCUUCUCCUGGUCGUGGCAGUGCUGAAUGGUGGGAGUCAGCCAUGUGGCUGCAUCCCAGGAGCCCUUCCCAAAUUGUGUGCAUUACUACAAGUGCACAAUUACCAAGCAUUGUGCAAAGAAAUGCAAUAUUUAAGGCUAACAGGUAUGUGAUAUUUAAAAGUACUUCAUAUGGAUGGUUUUUUACACUUAUCUGGAUUAUUCCAUGAUAAAGCGACCUGCAGGGCUGGAGCAGCACAUGGCUGCGGGUGGGCAGGCUCCAGCACACUGGUGGGUCAGUGGCUGCUUUGGGGCUGUGAACAGGUCUGGGUCAGUCUCAGUGUCUCUGUGUGCCACCACAGCACCGAUGCUGAUCCAUUUCAGCACAGGUAGUUGAGCCAAUGCCCUCCCAGUGAGGAGUGACAGAACUUUGCACCUUACAGCUGCUGUUUGACUCCUAGAUUCUGCUUAGUGUGUGAAGCUGUUACAUCAGUGCAGUGCAUUGCAGGGCACAUUCCCUGUGCUUCUUGCAGCUGAACGCCGUGUGCCUGCUCAGCUGGCACUGCAAGCCAUUCUCUUGCCUUUGCAGUGCUGCACUGCUGGCAGGGAGCAGGAUGUUCUGCUCAGCAGAGUGCCCUGAAGUUUACUGAGAGGUGUGUGCGCUCCCCACCCUUCUCCCUGCCCUCCGUGCUCUCUCCCCUCCUCCUCCAUCCCCAAAGCUCAUUUCAUUGCACAAGCUCGGUGUCGCCUUCUUGCUGCUCAGAGCAGGCUUCUGAGCAAACAACAAAAAUCCUGUUGUGCUGCAUGAAUGCGUUCCUCCCUUUAAUGGUAUGAAGUGCUUCGUGUCCUUUACAAGAUCUGCCUUUGUCACAGCUGUGAAAUGCGUGCUCAGGCUGGCGGCUGCUCAGCCCUGCACAGCGCAAACCCUCCGACCUCCGCUCUCAGCUGCCAGGCCUUGGAAGCUUGGAAGUUUUUACUUUCUCCCCCACCUUCUCUUUUUUUCCCCCCAUUUCUCCCCUACAAGUGGCAGCUCAAAUCCCAAGCUGAAAGUGAAUCGCAGCUGCUGGCCGCCCUCCAGCAUUCCUGGCUGCAAGAGUAAGGAUCUGGAAUGUCAGCGGCAGCGGGGUGGGAAGGAGCAGCGUGCGCGUGGGGAACGGCGCCCGGAGGAGGAGGACGGAACAAAACACAACUUCAGCUGGCCUGCCCCUUUCCAAACCCGUGUUUGUUCCUGAUUUAUGCUUUCGGGUUUCUCUUAAAGCAUGCGGCUCGGCGCAGCCACGGCAGAGAGCUGGCAGCAGCGUGCCGGAGUACAACAGGUUUUUGGUGGUGGUUUGGGUUUGUUUUUUUACUCUUUGGAAAAGCGUCUGGUCUAGAGACCUCGGCUGUUCCUCCUGCUCUUCCCACUGAGCUGGGAGACCUUUCCUGAGCGGCUUUGGGAAGGAGAGCCCCUGGUCCUGCAGCUCCGGACAGGAGAUGUCCCUGCGUGGGCACUGCGGACGCCACCUCUUCUGCUCAGACGAGGAACCUUUCGGAGCCUCAGCUCCUCCUGCAGCAGAUUAAUGCCUAAAAUUGUACACCUUGUACACCAGCAGGGUUUAAUUACCAGAGCUGUGAAUAGUUUAAUUAGUUUGUUCUGACCUUGGGAGGAGGACCUGCCCAGCGACGGGAGAGCGCAGCUUUAUUGCUCUGCGGUGACCCAGCCUGCAGGGCCAUGUCGUCUCUGUUCACCAGGAGCAAGGAUUACACGCGGAGCAGGAAGUCCCAGUCAGAUUCACCCCCGUCCUCUCCUUCCCCGAUUGCAAAGACGCUCAGACAUGAACGACUUUCCAGGUUGGAAGCAGCUACAGCCCCUGCCACCAGUGACUCCUACAGCGACCGUGCCUCCAGCCGCUCCAGUGCCUACAGCCGCAGAGAGAACCGCCUAGCAGCCCUCAGCAGCAGGGCAGAAGAGGAGAGCAACAGGGACUACAAAAAGUUGUACGAAAGCGCCCUGUCUGAAAAUCAAAAGCUGAAGUCAAAACUGCAAGAAGCGCAGCUCGAGCUGGCUGACAUCAAAUCCAAGUUGGAAAAGGCAGCCCAGCAGAAACAGGAGAAAACUUCUGACCGGUCCAGCAUGCUGGAGAUGGAGAAAAGGGAGAAGCGAGCCCUGGAGCGGAAACUCUCUGAAAUGGAGGAGGAGAUGAAGAUUCUGACGGAGCUGAAAUCGGACAAUCAAAGGCUGAAGGACGAAAACGGGGCACUCAUUCGUGUCAUCAGCAAACUCUCCAAGUAGGGAGCCGAGCUGCAGGACGGGGGGGUGCCCUGCUGAGCCCUGCCCCUUCCUCCUGCCCCCUGCGCAGCAGCAUUGCAGCCACGGCAUCAGCAUCGCUCCUCCCUGCCCUCGGCUGGACGCUCCCUGUCUGCCCUUUCCCCCCCACAGCGCACACCCCGGCCAUUCUGUUUUAAUUUCAGCAUGUUGUGCUAUCUCGGACGUUUGACUCAAGGGAGGAGGAUGUGGAGUGGUGCUGAGCUGCCAAAACUUCUCCUUCCAGCAGCCCACGGUGUGUGGGAAGGAGCUCUGCUGUGCAAAGCGAUGCCCACGGAGCUGGUGCUGCACAUCUGUGCCCUUUGCAGGUGGGACCUGGACCGUGGGCCAGGAUUCUGCAGACACCCAUCAGCCUGUGUGCAAUGUGGGACUUUGGUUGAAAUGUGAUGCUACGAGGAACGGCAGCAGAGCUCCUCAAAGCAGAGCUGCUUUGCACAGAGACCUGGCUGGUUUUUAUUUAAUGUCAGAUUGCAGAUCUGGUGGGUGAGUGCCCCUCCUGUGCAGCUGGUGAUGGGGUGCUGUGCUGCAAACCCUGUGGCUCCCACCAAGCUCCCUGCACUCAGCAGCACCUGGGACCUGCACCCGGACCGCUGUUCUCAGGAUGGAAUUGCAGACAUUUGCCAAACUUUCUGAAGAAGGAGCCUGGUGUGGGGUGUUGGUUGGGAGGCUGCCAUCAGGCAGAGCCCUGCAGAGGAGCCUGGGCAGAUAUUUCAGGUCCUGCAAUGGCUUUUCAGCAUCAGGCUGACCAGCUGAACCGCAGAACGGUUUUGUUUCUGGGGAAUGGAAAUGAGGGGGGCAAUGAGCCCUGGUGGCACAGCUCCUCGCAGGUGGGCUUUGGGGCACUGGGCACGGAGCUGCAGUAGCUGUGCUCCAGGUGCCCGGGGGUCUUUGGGGGCUGGGAGCUGCAUCAGAGUCUUUUCAUCCACCAGAAGUUUGCAGUCCGCCUCAGCCUUGAAGGAAACCUCAAAAAAAAACAAAACAACAAAACCCAACCCUCUGUAUGUUGUACGGACUCAGAACAGUUUGAAAUUGUUCUCCCUGUGGGCAUUCAGGCAGCGACUCCUGCAUGUGCUGCAUGCUGCCCUGCUGAGCUCCCAUACCAGACUGCUCUCCUCGCAGUGUGCAGCCCCACUCCCUCAUCCUCCCCCCUCAUUGCCUUUGUCCCUCCGUUUCCCACUUUGUGCCAUGGGCUCCUCGUGCUCGGAGUGGCAGCAGCCGCGCACGGCAGCUCUGUGCUGAGAUGCAGAUGGAUACUUGAACAUGAGUACAACUAAGUUUGCUCAACAGGGUAAAAAUUCAUCUGCCUGUCCUGGGCUUCUUGGAGCCUCCUGCUGGUUAUCAGCUGUGCAUUUUCCUCUCCCUGGGGGCUUUUUUGUUUCUUUCUAAUUCUCCAUUUUCCCCUCCCGUCCUCCCAUCCCACCUCUCCUCUCUCUCUGCUGGCUGGGCUCAGGGCAGCUCAGCACGGAGCUCCCACUGCUCCUCUUUGCGCCAUUCUCCGGUGCAGCGCGGCCGUUCCUCUGCUGCUGUGCUUCGGGGACGAGGAGAAGCGCUUUGGCAUCACCGGGGCUCCUGCAGAGCGCUGCCCACACCGGGCAGGCAGUGUUACUGCUUCACGUAUCCCUGCUUUAUGGAACAGCUUUAAGCCCUGAGCUCCGGUCAGUGCUUUCCCUGCACGCCGCUCUCCCUCGGUGCGCCCUGUGUGAGCGCUGCUGCAGCUCUCCACGUUCUCUCCCACCCUCCCCCCGGGUUUGGCUGCAGCAGCGCUGCCCUGUCCCAAUCCCGGUCCGCAGGCAGGGACAGCCCGAGCUCCCGGCUGCUGGGAGAAGCUCAGCAUCCGCACCGGCGCUGCGCCCCUUCCUGCAGGGGCUGCCGCUGCGCUCUGCCCACGAGGAGCCGUUAUGCGAAGGGCGCGGAGCCAAAGCGCCGCUGGGAUGCAGCGCUGCGCGCCCCUCCGUGCUCGCAGCCGACGCUCCGUGCUGACGAUGGGAGCGCAAACCCCGCGGGUGAGGAGGACUCGGGGCUCUCAGUGCGUCUGCAGGAAGCACCGAGGUGGCGGUGGGUGCGACGCCGUGCUCUGCGCUGGGCACGGAGCGCAAAGGAAGCGGAUUUUAACGCUGCUCCCUCCUCGAAGCUGAGUUUGUCAGACGUGCCUCCUUUGGAGAACACGGAGCUUUUUUUCUAAGCAGUGCUUGGGGUGAAUUCGUUUUUAUUGCUUGGGGUGAACCCUGUUGUGGCUGCGAGUUUGAUGGUGGCUCUGUAAAUAACUUCCUGGAGGAAGCAGGACUGCGUUCCAGAUGGGGAGAGAAUGUAUUUUUAUGCAACUUUGAGUGGCCUUUCAAACCCUGAGAUGAAUGAUUUGUUUUACUGGUUGUUGUUAUAUAGUAUUAUAAGUAUUAUGUGUUUGAAAGUUUGGGAAUAAUAUUCACAUCUAUGAUGCUUGUAAACACAACAGUAUUUAUAAAUAAAUAAAAUAAGAGUUGAUAAAAUAGAAA